AUGCAAUUAAAUACUAGACCAAGAGGUGGACUUCCGAGUGACACAAUUGUUAACCCAAAGAACGAUGCCCAAGUCCUAGAAAUUGUCACAAAGAGUGGAAAAAAUCUUGAGGAACCUUUUAGAGGAGACGUGAGUCAGAAUAUUCCUAAGGCCAAAAAAAAAGAGGUGAUACCUCAAAGAAAAGAGGUAAAUAAUGAGAAAAGGGUUAAUGAAAGCGAUGAAAAGGUGGUUGACGUGGAAAGCCCACAAGUGGACACACGACCUACCAUCCAUGUUCCUUCGCUGUUCCCUCAACAUUUGCAUAAAAAAGAGGAGAAUGAUAAAUUUAGGAAGUUCAUGGCCAAACUUAACAAUCCAUCGACAAACAUCCCGUUUCUUAAACCUAUCCAAGAGAUCCUGGGAUACGCUACAUUUAUGUCCAAGAAGAAAUUUGUUAAAGUUGAUACUAUUGAGGUAUCUCAUGGAUGUAGCGCUAUUAUGGAUAGAAAGAUUGCGGAAAAGAAAGAUGACCUCGGUGCAUUCACUAUGCCUUGCAUAUUUGGGACGCAUGAAUUUGCAAAAGCUCUAUGUGACCUUGGUGUGAGCAUCAAAUUAAUGCCUUUAGUCAUAUACAAGAAGCUUGUAUUGGGUUUUGAAAUGGACCAAGAGGUGUCUAUCAUCCUUGGUUAUCCUUUCUUAGCCACUGGGAGAGCCAUUGUUGAUCUAGAGCUAGGGAAGAUGAAAUUUAGAUUGCAAGAGGAUGAGGUCUCUUUCAAAAUUUGUAAUUCAAAGAAGCAAACUACGGAGUUGCAAGUAGUAUCCAUAGUGGAUGUUGAAGAUGAGAAGAUGAAUCAAGAGGAGUUCAAGGACCCACCUUGA